GGGAAAGAGCCCGUGAGUUUCCGGCCGGGAGUGUUCUGCCGGGAGCCUGCUGGGAGCAGCGGGGCCCGGGGGUCCUGGGGCGGCUCGGCGCGGCGCGGCCGCUGCCCCCCUCCGCCGCCCGGGGCUACCCUCCCCGGCUCCUCCGCUGCCCUCCCGCCCCGCUGCGCCGCGUCCCCACGCAGCAGCCCUGUCCCUCCUUUUGUCAAGCACCGAAGGUCUCCCUCCCCGCCGGUUCCCCUCAGUGAGCCGCCAAGGGAGCCCCGUCGGUCAGGCCCUGGGCGUCCCCCUGGGAAAGCGGGGCCGUUGUGAGAGCGUCGGCCUGCUUUGAGCGGGCUUUGUGGUAGCACCCGCUCUUCCGGCUCCCCGCAUCGCCUUCCCCCCAUCCCCGCGUUCUGGCUGGCUUCCUGCAGCGGGCCGGGGGACAGGCCCACCCGCGGGUUAUGCCCCCGCCUGCCUCCGGUGGCAUCGGACAGGGCUGCCCGCCGGUUUCAGGCUGUCCCCAGAUUCUCCAUCCCGUCCCUGCUGCUGUUGUUGAGGCUGCCUCUGUUUCCUCCAGAAAGCUUUUGUGGCAAAGGCCUCCCUGGGCCCAUUCCCUUUCCUAGCAAGCAUGGAGUUUGCAGAGCUGAUCAAGACCCCUCGAGCAGACAAUGUCGUCCUGCACCGCCCUUUCUACCUGGCAGUGGAGGGGACUCUCUGUCUGACUGGCCAUCACCUCAUUUUUUCUUCACGGCGUCAAGACAAUGCUGAGGAGCUGUGGCUGCUGCACUCCAACAUUGAUUCUAUUGAAAAAAGGUUUGUGGGCUCAUUGGGUACCAUCAUUAUAAAAUGCAAAGAUCUGCGAAUUAUUCAGCUGGAUAUACCUGGAAUGGAGGAGUGUUUGAACAUUGCUAGCUCUAUUGAGGCACUUUCCACCCUGGAUUCUGUCACUCUCAUGUAUCCUUUCUUCUACCGGCCCAUGUUUGAAAUUGUUGAAGAUGGCUGGCGCUCUUUUCUGCCUGACCAAGAGUUUGAGCUCCUUAGUUCAGUGACAGAUGAAUGGCGUCUAAGCUGCAUCAAUAAGGAAUUCUCUGUCUGCCCCUCCUACCCUCCAGUUGUCAUUGUCCCUAAAUCCGUUGAUGAUGAAGCGCUUCGGAAAGUUGCCAUGUUUCGCCAUGGCAGUCGCUUCCCAGUCCUGAGCUAUUAUCAUAAGAAGAAUGGGAUGGUCAUGAUGCGAAGUAGCCAGCCUCUUACAGGUACAAAUGGGAGACGGUGUAAAGAGGACGAGAAGCUUAUUAAUGCCACACUACGGCCUGGCAAGCGUGGCUACAUCAUUGAUACGAGGUCCCUGAAUGUUGCCCAGCAGGCCAGGGCCAAAGGAGGGGGCUUUGAACAAGAAGUACACUAUCCCCAAUGGAGGAGGAUUCACAAAUGUAUUGAGAGGUUUAAUAUUCUGCAGGAAAGCCUCAUCAAACUUGUGGAAGCUUGUAAUGACCAGUCACACAAUAUGGACCGCUGGCUUAGUAAACUGGAAGCUUCCAACUGGCUGACUCACAUCAAGGAGAUACUAACUGCAGCCUGUCUAGCUGCUCAGUGUAUUGACAGGGAAGGUGCAUCAGUGUUAGUCCAUGGGACUGAAGGAACUGAUUCAACGCUCCAGGUCACUUCUCUGGCACAGAUUAUCUUGGAUCCGAGGUGCAGGACCAUACGUGGCUUUGAAUCUCUUGUUGUGAGGGAGUGGCUUCAGGCUGGUCACCCCUUCCAGCAGCGCUGUGCCCAGUCAGCCUAUUCAAAUGGCAAGCAGAAAUGGGAGGCCCCAGUGUUUCUGCUCUUUUUGGACUGUGUGUGGCAAAUACUUCGUCAGUUCCCUUGCUCUUUUGAAUUCAAUGAACAGUUCCUCAUUAUGCUCUUCGAACAUGCUUACGCUUCACAGUUUGGGACUUUCCUGGGAAACAAUGAAAACGAAAGGUCUAAACUGAAGCUGCCACAAAAAACUAUGUCCCUGUGGUCCUGGGUGAACAGGUCUGAAGAGCUGAGAAAAUUCCAGAAUCCUCUUUUCGAGGCCAACAGCCUUGUCAUCUGGCCCUCUGUUGCCCCACAGAGCCUGCAGCUCUGGGAAGGUGUCUUUCUUCGGUGGAACAGGCCUUCCAAGUUCCUAGAUGAAGCCCACGAAGAAAUGAUCAACAUUAUAAAAUACAACAAGGAACUUCAGGCAAAGGUUAACGCAUUGAGGAGGCAGCUAGCAGAGAUGGAAACAGAUGAUAAGAUGUAGGAGAACCUGUGAGCUGGCAGGGCUUUGCCUCAGGUCUUUCCUUUCCAGUCCCCUUUUAAAGACUAAAUAUGGACGGUGCAUGUAUUGCAGAACCCUCUGGGUCAGCUGACCCUCAGUCCUCCCACUGCUAAAACCUUCACUUCACACUAUGUACCUCCCUGGUCUCUGGGAGGGAUUUUUGUUUUGUUUACAGAAGAUGUACACAGCUGGGCAUAGUGUCCUCUCUUGGCAGCUUUUCUGUCUCAAAAUUGUGUACAGUGUCGUCAGAAGCUGGAACUCUUGCCUCCACUCAGCUGUAUGGAUGACCAGGAUGGGCCAAGAGACAGGAUGUUUCACAUUUAGCUUGAACUUUUUCAGGUUUUGUUGAACUCCUCAAACACUCGUCAGGAUUAAAAUACCAAGUUAUGAAUAGAUAAGUAAAGGCAUUUUGUCUGAAAGCAUUUGCCAAGAGUAAGGCAGCUUAGUUCUCUAGAUUCCUAGAAAAACUAGAAAAUGGUAUAAUUUAACUACAGGCUUUACCAGUCUAUAAGAUAGUCUCAGUAGCCUUCACAUCUAACAGUUGGAGGGUUUUGUGUUAAGCAUUGGCUCAGGAGCAGUAAGUCAAACGCCAAACUAGAGCAAGAGAUUUCAGUGCACUACAGAACUGAACUAGGGAUUCUGCUGCUAGUGUUCAUGCCAUGACCUUCAGUGGAAUUGUCCCUCAUGGACAAAUAUCUUCCUAAGGAAUAAAAAACUUUACUUGGAAAACAAAAAGGUUAAGUAGUUGGCGGAGGCAUUCACUGCAAAACAGUGGCUCAGAGCAGUCCUUUUAACUACGGCUAGGCUGCUCUCUUGAAACUUCCAACCGCACUGGCUGGUUUUGUAUGCUUAAACAGGUUCGCAGCAUGGCUAGGAUGCAAGAGCAGCAUUUAAUCUACAGCUCAACAAAACAUUUUUGCUUUACCUGGUGUGCUUCUUCCUCUAGUGCUCUUACUAUACCUUUUGUGAAACAUCAAAAGCAGAAUUUGGAAAUUAAGGUGUUCUAACAUACUCGGUAGCUGCUGCAGGUUAAGAAGCUGUCACACUACAAAAAUGCUAAUAGUUUAGAUCAUUUGUAGGUGCUAAAAUUGCUUAAAGACUUUAGGGUUAAGCCUCUUUCCAAGUAACUGUAUUUUGUAGCUGAUAUUUGUGUUUCUGUGACUGCAAUCUACUUUUAUAAAAAUCAGUUUUCACUAGACAAUUUUUUUCCUUUAAAAAAAAAACCAGAAAAGUGAGUCUGAAAUAUUAACUCACCUAGGCAUUUGUUCAGCUUGAUUGCAUUGGUAGCUGUAUGUGACUGAGAUGAUGUGAAUUGACAACAACGUAUGUGGCUGGGAUUAUUUUAAAAGCACUUUGUUAGCCUGUUUCUACUGAAAUUAGUGGACCUACGUUAGAUCAGAGUUGAUCCCUUUGAAACUGUUGAGCUUCCAUGAUAAUUUAUGCUGGUUUGGAAUGAAUCUGCCUUUAUUUAAAAGCCACUUCUCACAAAGGUAGAUACAUGUGAAAGUGCAGGAUCUUCACUUGUUAUAGAAAUAAGUGGAGAGUAAUCUGCAAAAAUCCUGUAACCACUAAAUAGAUUUUAAGAGAAGUUCCAUAACCAAGGAAGCGAUAUAAAAUUGUGGUAGUGAUUAAGUGCUACCUUAAUGCCUUUUGCUUUGGUCCUUACUUCCUUAAUUAUUUCCUUCUUGACUAACCUAAGCUUAGUCCUGAAGUCACCUGACUUAAAAAAUAAGAAGGUCCCUUUUAAAUCUUUUUUCAUUGAAGGCAGGAGAAUAAUUGCCCCUACUUGUGAUACCGGUUUGCUUUUAGGUUUGGAGAGUGACAUUCUCUAAAUCAAGUCCGACAGAGUGCUGCUCAGGGUGGCUCUUGACGUGUACUGUGUAACAGGGGAGGGCACAGGUUGGCCAUGCCUUCCUCCAGACAUUGGCUUUGGAGCUACCUUCUGGUUACAUUGCAAAUCUAAGCCCUGAAAAUCAUUGCUCACCCUUUAAAAGUAAAUCUGUGGGAUCUACACCUGUCUGGAUGUUGUAUGCCUAUCCAGUUCAGAAUUUCCACUGUUUCUGUACAUCUGAAAUGUAUUAUCACUACCCAGAUAGGAAGGAUUCAGAAGGCACUAUUUUCCCCAUAAUGGACUAUACAUAAAACACACUUAAAGGUUAUGCAAUUUAUUAACAUAGUAAUUAUAUAUUGAGCUAAAUAAUAGAGAAGGAAAGAGGUGGGGUUUUUACCUAAUUGCCUGGCUCUAGUCUCUCAUGCAAACUGCAGGCAUCUGAGGAAAUUGUGUAACCAGUUGUGACAGCUAACAAAAGGCAGAAAAUUAUCUCUGAGCUGGCAUUUCAUCCUUGACUUGUCUGUUGGGGCUCAACACACACCAGAGUGCCGGGUGCUGCCUUGGCUUAGUGCUGGUGUGGAUCACAGCCUUCAUGUGAAAAUGCUAGUGUGGGUCUGAGUAGCCACAGCAGUUUCUUCCCCGAUUUCUCUGCCAUGGGUCGCCUUGCAGUCACUGCCGAUAGCAGGAGCUGGAGGCUCAAGUUAACCCGCGAGUAAUCACCAUGAGACCUUAUCUGGAGCGGUCCUGCUAGGUAGUGCAGGUGGUGGAGCUGAGACAAUAUGCAUGGACCCUUACAGCCUCCUGGGAGAAGACAGUUCACAGAUACUUUGUCAGGCUACUUGCAUAUUCUCUUUUAACCUUUUCAUUCCCAGUGCUUUCCAGGCUCCAGUCUGGUGGCUGCUCGGGUAACACAUAAUGGAGCGCUCCAGUUCUUUGCUUUCCUGUAUGCCCCACACAUUUAUACACAUACCUAAUAUUGAUGAUCAGUUUGCUUCCUCUUAGAGGGAGAUACCCGCCGGACCCUGCCACACGCCGUCGCUGACACCCGUUUUGCAGGUUACCUGUGUCUUCCUGAGCUGUGAGCGCUGUGGCAGUGCCCAGCUCUGGCUCUUUAGCCUGACACUGCCUUACACCUUUGCUGAUGCCCCUGCUUCUGCUCUUUCUGCACAUAGUUAUUUGUGUAAUAAGCUGGACACUGAGGGUCCCCUCGCCCAAACUCUGGGGUCAGUCAAUGCGGACGCUCUGCCAUUUACCAAAAAAAAAAAAAGGGAAAAGGAUCUAACUUGCACAGUUUUCAUAAGGGAAUAUAUACCUUCAAUAUUUUGAUUGUAUUAAUCUAACUCUUGAAUGUGGUGACUGGUUUAAGUGCACUACUGUCCAUGUUGCAUAUGAUAUAACUUAAAUUGCACUGUACAGCAUAUUGGCGUCUAAUGUAUGCUUUGCUAAAGCCCCAGAAAGUGCUAUCGUGUACAGGUUCCUGUAUGAGGAGAAAAUGUCUAUACUAGCACUCCCUUUUUUUGUAACUCUGUGACAUUGAAUAGCACUGUGUGAUGUGUGCUAUGUGUCUAUCAACUAGUACAAAUUUAAGUGAUGAGUGCACUUCUGUCUGAACACCUGGAAUUGCUAACUGGACUUGGAUGCUGCAUCAGUCAGUCUUGUAUUUCUUUUAUUGAUGAAAUAAGUAACAGGGCUGGGAGUUGUAUGCUGUGUUGGUAGAUGUAUGAUGUACAUUUACAGAAUCCCAACUGCUGUGGUGUUAAAUAUAUUGCAAAAAAAAAAAAGUAACAGAUCUGAGAAAAAGUGUCAUGGCUCAAAUUGCUUAGCCAUUUGGAGGGUGAAAACCAGAUACAAAGUGACUGUAAACUUUGCUGUAGAUAUGUUGAGAACAUAGUAGAAAUGUCUGUUCAAAUUAAAACCUUGAAGACUAUAAAAGUUCUUUAAUCACA